AUGACUUCCUCUCUCGACCAGCUCAAAGCCACUGGCACUACUGUCGUCUGCGACUCCGGCGACUUCAUCACCAUCAAGAAGUACCAGCCUCAAGAUGCCACCACCAACCCUUCCCUCAUUCUCGCCGCCUCCAAGAAGCCUGACUAUGCCGAGUUGAUGGACAACGCCGUUCAGUAUGGCAAGUCACACGGCAAGACAAUGGACGAGAAGGUUGAUGCCGCACUCGACCGACUGUUGGUCGAGUUCGGCAAGGAAAUCUUGAAGAUUGUUCCAGGCAAAGUCUCGACCGAGGUUGACGCGCGAUUCUCUUUCGACACCCAAGCCUCCGUCGACAAGGCUCGCCACAUCAUCGAGCUUUACAAGUCCAUCGGCAUUGACAAGUCCCGUAUCUUGAUCAAGAUUGCCUCCACCUGGGAAGGCAUCAAGGCCGCGGAGAUCCUGCAGAAGGAAGGCAUUAACUGUAACCUAACCCUCAUGUUCUCCAUCACCCAGGCUAUCGCUGCCGCCGAGGCCGGUGCCUUCCUGAUUUCGCCCUUCGUCGGCCGUAUCCUCGAUUGGUACAAGGCUGCCAUGAAGAAGGAUUUCUCUCCCUCGGAAGACCCAGGUGUCAAGAGCGUGCAGACCAUCUUCAACUACUACAAGAAGCACGGCUACAAGACCAUCGUCAUGGGCGCAUCAUUCCGAAAUGUCGGUGAGAUCACCGAACUGGCCGGCUGCGACUACCUCACCAUCUCCCCCAACUUGCUUGAGGACUUGUACAACUCAACCGACAAGGUCGAGAAGAAGCUCGAUGCCUCUGCUGCCGCCAAACUUGACAUUCCCAAGAAGACCUACAUCAACGACGAGCCCACUUUCCGCUUCGACUUCAACGAGGAACAAAUGGCCGUUGAGAAGCUCCGAGAAGGUAUCAGCAAGUUUGCUGCUGAUGCAGUCACUCUGAAGGGUAUCCUCCGGGAGAAGAUUGAGAAGGCUUAA